AUGGAAGCCGAGAUCAGAGCCCAGAUUCCUGGCAUCGACCCUGUCGUGUCCGAGUAUUCCGCUGGAUACCUCAACCACGCUUCGCAGGCAUACAGCGCGGAAGGCGACCCACUGUCCGAUGCCGCCGCUGCUGUGACAGCUCUGCUGCUAUCCGCUUCCGGUGACCUGUCUAACCAGAAUGAAUUGACAAUUCAGAACCUGGUCGAGAAGUUUGUCUCCAAGCUCUCAGCACAGUCUGGUCUCGAUGGUGAAAUACGCCAGCAGGCACCUUCUGCCAGAAAGCUGGAUCAAACCAUCCAGGUCGGAUCUGCAAGAAACAUCUCAUCCACUCUUGGCUUGACUGGUGGUGUCAACUUGGAGCACACUGGUAGACAAAUCGAAUCUCGUGUUGACAAGAAGAAGCUCGAGAAGGCCGAGAAGAAGCUUCGCGCAAAGCAAGACAGGAAGGAAUUCAAGAACGUCGAGUAUGAGGCUUCUAAGCUUUUGGAGCAGCCUGACGAUGCUGCAUCCUAUGAAGAAUUCUUCAUGAAGGUCAACCCUCUGCAGCUUGGCUCAGACAACCAAGGCAAGAGUAAGGACAUUAAGGUUGAUGGCAUUGAUAUCACAAUCGGCGGCAAGAGAAUCUUGAGUGAUACCAACUUGACCUUGGCCUAUGGCCGCAGAUACGGUUUGGUUGGUCAGAACGGUAUUGGUAAAUCUACUUUGCUCAGAGCUCUGAGUAAGAGAGAGGUUGCCAUUCCCACUCAUAUUUCUAUUCUUCACGUUGAGCAAGAGGUAAGCUUUUCUUCAAAUAUGAAAUCUGAUCUGUUAUUAACUUUCACANNGAUUAUGGGAGACGACACUCCUGCUCUUCAAGCCGUGUUGGACGCUGAUGUCUGGCGCAAGCAUUUGCUCAAGGAGCAAGACAAGAUCACCAAGGAACUCGCAGAGCUGGAAGCCACCAGAUCCCAAAUGGCAGACACAUCAACAGACGCCGCCAAGCUCGAUACUCAACGAGAGGGUCUUGAUAUCACACUCAGCGAUGUUCAAGCCAAGCUUGCUGAGAUGGAUUCCGACAAGGCUGAGUCUCGUGCUGCCAGUAUUCUGGCUGGUCUUGGUUUCUCGCAUGAGAGACAACAGUUCGCCACAAAGACCUUCUCAGGUGGUUGGCGUAUGAGAUUGGCACUUGCUCGUGCCCUGUUCUGCGAACCUGAUCUUCUCAUGCUCGAUGAACCUUCCAACAUGUUGGAUGUGCCCUCUAUUACCUUCUUGUCCAACUACCUGCAAACUUACCCCAGCACUGUCUUGGUGGUUUCUCACGACAGAGCCUUCCUUGAUGAAGUUGCCACAGAUAUCAUUCACCAACACUCAGAACGCCUCGACUACUACAAGGGUGCCAACUUCCAGUCCUUCUACAACACAAAGGAGGAGAGAAGAAAGACAGCCAAGAGAGAGUACGAGAAGCAGAUGGGCGAACGUGCGCAUUUGCAAGCCUUCAUCGACAAGUUCCGUUACAACGCAGCCAAGUCGUCCGAAGCACAAUCGCGUAUCAAGAAGCUGGAGAAGAUGCCUAUCCUGGAGGCUCCCGAGAGCGAGUACACAGUCAAAUUCACGUUCCCCGAUGUGGAGAAGAUGUCGCCUCCUAUUAUUCAAAUGAGCGGCGUGGCCUUCGGUUACACUCCAGACAAGCCAUUGCUCAAGAAUGUUGACCUCGACGUUCAGCUCGACUCGCGUAUCGGUAUCGUUGGACCUAACGGUGCUGGUAAAACAACAGUGCUCAAGCUUCUCAUUGGCGCGCUGCAACCGACCACCGGUCUCAUUUCUCAGAACCCUCGUCUCCGUAUCGGUUUCUUCGCUCAACAUCAUGUCGAUGCCCUCGAUCUGAACAUGAGCGCUGUUGGCUUCAUGUCCAAGAUGUACCCUGGUAAGACUGACGAGGAGUACCGUAGACAUCUUGGUGCCUUUGGUAUCACUGGUAUGACUGGCCUGCAAAAGAUGGAGAUUCUCUCAGGAGGUCAGAAGUCUCGUGUUGCCUUUGCCAUUUUGUCUCUUCAAAAUCCUCAUAUUCUGGUUCUCGAUGAGCCUUCUAACCACUUGGAUAUUGAAGCCAUGGACGCCUUGGCAGAUGCCUUGAAGAACUUCCAGGGUGGUGUGCUCAUGGUUUCUCACGAUGUUACCAUCUUGAGCGCUGUCUGUUCUAGCUUGUGGGUUUGCGACCAGGGAAGUGUUGAGCACUUUGAUGGCGAUGUCAACGACUACAAGCGCAGAAUUACGGCCCAGGCAAACGCGGCUGGUGUGGCCACAACUCAUCAUUAG